ACUUUUUUGAACCUUCUGAUAAACAGGACAAGUCUUUCAGUCUUCCAACAAGCAGACUGUGUCCACUCAUUCAGACCAAACUGUCUUUCUCUUUACCCCCCAAACCCAGCCCCAGGUCGAACAAGAGAGUUUCCGCAUACGAUGAGAAGCCCACGCAUGACGACAACGAGGACAAUUAUGAAGUCUGUGAUAUAAAUAAAAGUUACAGAGAUCAGCCUGCAGUUGAGCUUCCUCCUCGCCUACCCAAACCUCCACCCAAGGAGAGAUUAUCACAACCAGCCUUACAGCCGCGACCUGACUUAAAAUCGAGAGAAUUUGAAAGCAGAACACUCCCCAGCAUGCCCACAGAGCAGCUAUCUCCUUCAAAGUCCUUCACACUAGACCAAAAACGACCAAAGGUUCCUCUUCCACAGUUCAACUCACCAAAGCCUCCUGAGAGAGGGAGCAUCACUCUGGAGAACGGCUCCGUGGAUCAAGACAAGACAUCUCAGGAUGCAGACGUCUGUAACAAGCCCUGGUACGCCUCUGCAUGCGACCGCAGGACCGCAGACGAGGCUUUGAUGCGCUUCAACAAAAAUGGGGCCUUCAUGGUGAGGAAGAGCUCCGGUCAUGACGCUCAGCAACCGUACACCCUGGUAGUGUUCUACAAGGGCCGAGUCUACAACAUCCCCAUCCGCUUCAUCGCUAACACGCAGCAGUUCGCUCUGGGGAGGGAGAAGAGGGGAGAGGAGUUCUUCAGCAGUGUGUCCCACAUCAUUGAGAACCACCAGAAGAACCCUCUUGUUCUGAUCGACACGCAGAGCAACUCCAAGGACACCGCCAAGCUGUCCUUCCCCAUAAAGCCAUGAAACGCC